ACCGCAGUGUGCCUCGUGGUUGUUCCGGCACUUGUACCUCCAGUCCGUGCUACCUAAAGACGUCCAGUCCACGCUGCAUAUCGACACACUCACAGUCGCAGGUGCGUUUUCUAAUACUGUGCAGUACAGCCACUUUUUACCAUGGCGGAUUUUAAUGAAUUGGAGCACCACGAGAGCACUCGUUUGGAAGCCGCUGACAUUGGUGUGGUCGUCGCUUAUUUCGUCUGCGUCAUCAUUGUGGGCAUAUUUGCGAUGUGGAGAUCAAGCAAGGGCACCCUCAGUGGAUACUUCCUGGCUGGGCGUUCCAUGAACUGGAUACCGGUGGGCGCCUCCCUGUUUGUCAGUAACAUCGGAAGCGAGCAUUUCAUUGGCUUGGCCGGAUCUGGGGCCGCCCGUGGCAUCAGCGUUGGGGCCUGGGAAUUCAAUGCAAUCUUGCUGAUUCAGUUACUGUGUUGGAUCUUUGUGCCGGUGUACAUGGCGAGUAGUACUUAUACUAUGCCUGAAUAUCUCUCCAAGCGCUUUGGUGGGUCCCGGUUACGUGUGUAUUUCGCAGUUCUCUCCCUUGUUCUGUACAUCUUUACGAAGUGUUCGGUUGACUUGUACACAGGCGGCAUCUUCAUUCAACAGUCUUUGAAGUGGAACCUGUACCUGUGCAUAUUUAUACUGAUUGUUAUCACGGCUCUGUUGACCGUGUCAGGUGGACUGACAGCUGUCAUCUAUACAGAUACACUUCAGGCAUUCCUCAUGGUGGGAGGGGCUAUUGUCCUCAUGUGCUACGCAUUCGUUGAAGUGGGAGGCUUGGAGGGCUUGUAUAAAUAUUACCCGGGGGCUAUGGUUAAUGAGUCUUUACGAGUGGAAAAUCAAACAUGUUAUGCGACGGAUCCGGAAGCGUUCCGCAUGCUGCGCUCUGUGGAUGAUGACUACAUGCCCUGGUUGGGGUUCCUUAUCGGGCAAACCCCAGGCUCUAUCUGGUACUGGUGCACUGAUCAAGUGAUCGUGCAGCGGGCUUUGGCAGCGAAAGGCAUAUCUCACGCCAAGGCAGCUGGCCUUAUGGCGGGCUUCAUCAAAAUCCUGCCUCUCUUCCUGAUGGUAAUGCCUGGAAUGAUCAGUCGAAUUUUAUUCCCGAAUACGGUUGGUUGUGUGAACCCUGAUCUCUGUUACAAGAUCUGUGAAAGUCGCUCAGGAUGUACGAACAUCGCUUAUCCAAAACUCGUCCUGGGGCUGAUGCCUAUCGGAUUUCGAGGCUUGAUGAUGGCGGUGAUGAUCGCGGCACUGAUGAGUGAUCUGGAUUCCAUCUUUAACAGCGCCAGCACGCUCUUCACCAUUGAUUUGUGGAAGAAAUUUAGGACGAAGGCGUCUUCUGUAGAGCUCGUCAUUGUGGGCAGAAGGAGGAAAUUGGCAAUCAUGUUCACCUCGCCACGUGAUAAUCUGCCUCCGGGUUAUACCGGUGUGUCCUCGGAUACAGGGGACGUCGUAGCCGUUAUCCUGUAUUUCGUCACCAUCGUCGUGGUGUGGAUAUAUGCGACGUUCAGAGAAUACAAAGACCCUGCCAGCGGACAUAUUCUAGGGGGACGUUCCGUAAGAUGGAUGCAGAUUGGAGCUUCGCUGUUCGUCUGUAACAUUGGAAGUGAGCAGUUCUUUGGUCUGUCGCAAUCUGGGGCUGCAUUUGGGAUCUCCAUGGGCGCCCGAGAAUUCUCUGCUAUCUUGGUAAUACAGUUACUUUGCUGGAUCUUUGUUCCUGUGUACAUGGCAUGUGGUGUAAGCACAACCCCGGAAUAUCUCUCCAAGAGGUUUGGUGGGAAACGUUUGCGUGUGUUCUUUGCGAUUUCCUCCAUUGUUCUUUACAUAAUAACAAAGUUAUCGGUAGACCUUCACGUUGCGUCAUUGUUCCACCCGUUUGUGGCUCCUUCUGGCUGGCCUUAUUUCAUGACUUACAUCAUACUUGGAUUGAUCAAGCUGCUGGUUGGCGUGAGGCAGAUAGGAAAUCUGAAACCUAUCAGCAUCAUCGAUCCAUUUCAGUUUGUUGUGGCGUUGAUAGGGGGUGUAGUAGUGAUGAGUUAUGCUUUUUCCAAGGUUGGGGGACUGGAAGGCUUGUACAAAGAAUAUGCCAGAUCAACAGGAGUUCAAAUGGAGAGUUUCCGGUUGCUUCGUCCAGCUGACGAUUACUACAUGCCUUGGCUAGGUUUUCUCCUCGGACAAACACCGGGUUUUAUCUGGUACUGGUGUGCUGAUCAGGUCAUCGUACAACGGUUACUGGUAGCUAGGAGUCUCACUCAUGCCCAGGGGGCUGGUCUGAUGGCCGGUGUCCUAAAAGUCCUGCCCUUCUUCUUGAUGGUUCUGCCGGGAAUGAUCUCCCAAGUCUUGAACCCGGCCACGGGGUCGUCUUACGCCUACCCCCUUCUUCUCCUCUCGAUGCCUACAGGACUGCGUGGACUGAUGUUGGCCGUACUGCUGGUGUGUACUUUCAGUAAUAUAUCCUCUACUUUGGACACGCUCACCGCCAUAUUUGCUGUUGAUAUCUGGAAUGUAGUCAGAAAAGAUGCGAGUCCCUGGGAGCUUGACAGGGCAAAAAGGAUCUGUUUUGUGGUGGUGACCUUUAUGUCGGUAGGGUGGAUGGUAUUGGUUAGUUUAGCUGCAGGCGACCUGUUGACCUACAUUCAGACGAUGACCAACUAUUUGGCACCACCCUUUGCUGCAAUCUUUUUACUGGGCGUAUUUGUACCAAGAACCACAGAGAAGGGAGCGUUCUGGGCGUUAGUGUUGGGAAGUAUUACCGGCAGCAUCCGUUUAAUUCUCAGCAUGAUCUACAGUUACUUCGCCUACAACAGUGUGGCUGCUUAUAACUUGGUCAACAAUUUCCACUACAUGUACUUUGGUCUAUUCUCGUUCUUGCUGACUGCUGUCAUGGCUUUUGUCAUAAGCCUGUUGUCCAAUCCACCAGAGGGUCACCGCAUCGGACGUACCACCUUCUGGACAAGGAAGUCUCAGCAACAGGAUGAAUUGCAGCUCACAGACUUUGACGAAUUGGCGGAAAAUCAAUCCGCCCAUGUAGAUCGUGAUGAGGAGAAUGCUGACACGACUACGGCGAAUACUCACAGUCCAGGAACUGGAUUUGUACCUACAAAUGGAACUAAGCAGAGAGGGCCCAUUUCACCUCAACCAGCGGAGACACAAAGCUCAGAUAGUGAGCUGAUAUUUGUAGAAGAUAACAGCCACGGAGAAGACAUCCUACGCCUACAAUCAGAGUCAGGAAGCUCUGACAGUGAAUUGGUCUUUCUUGAAGGCAACAGCGACGGAGAAGCAAUCGUGCAUAAACCAGCUGACUCAGAUAACAUUGAUAGCAAGCUAAUCAUAGUGGGAGAGGACAAUCGUGGAGGGGCAAAAUCACGUCAUCUAACUGGAUCACAAAGCUCGAACACUGGUGUGAUAAUUACUGAUGAGGACAACCACGGAGACGCAAAACCAGGUCACUGGACACGUUCGCAAAGCUCGGACAAAGGUGUGUUAAUUACGGAUGAAGGCAACCACGGAGGAGCAAGACCACGUCAAUGGACACGUCCACAAAGCUCGGACAAAGGUGUGUUAAUUACGGAUGAAGGCAACCACGGAGGAGCAAAACCAGAUCAUUGGACACGUCCACAAAGCUCGGACAAAGGUGUGUUAAUUACGGAUGAAGGCAACCACGGAGGAGCAAAACCACGUCAUCGGACACGUCCACAAAGCUCGAACAAUGGUAUGACAAUUACGGAUGAAGAGGACCUAGAAGGGACAAAACCACGUCAUUGGACACGUCCACAAAGCUCGGACAAUGCUGUGAUAAGUAUGGGUGAAGACAGCCACCGAGAAGAAAUUCGACAGCAUCGAGUUGGCCUACCGAUGGGGAACACUGAUGUGCCAAUUACUGAGGAAUACAACUACAAAGUGAUAAGUGGACGUCAUCCAGAGAAUCCACAAAACUGGGCGACAGUCGAUAGCCACCAUGCAGGAAGGUCAGGUGACACCGAGAACAGUCAGUUUUCCAUGUUUUGUGAUUCUUGGAAGAAUUCACUGACAGAAAGGCAGGCUGGAGACUACAAGAAAACUCUUCGCAGAAGGGUGUCUAGAUUUUUCAAAAUGAGGUCACCGGAUGAGGUAAAACAGAGACAACUGGAACUUCACAUUCAGAAAAUUUCGGAGCUGAGACAGAACAAGAUGGCGGUAACUGGUCUUCGCGUGGGGUUGGUUUUUGUUGUGGUAACAGGAGUGUUUCUGUUUCUGUUCUGGUCGUUCUGGAGCCCUAGUUACGCGGUUCAACUCUGCGGAGAAAACUUCGUUUUGUGUCAGGAUAUUAUCAAAACAACGCAAUCGCCUUUAACAUAAAGAUCUGCUUUAUCGUACAUACUCUGACACUCCCAGUAUCCCUUAUAACAGGAUUGUGCUAAUUUUUAAACCUACAACAAACUGUUUGCUGCUUUCACACUUGUGGAUCUGAAUGGCGUUGUGUACAAGCCAAGAUAUUUUACAUUAUAGGAGUACCUAGAACGGUACAAAUGACAUAAGUUAUGGUCUUCUUAAUACAAGUUCUAGGGUUUAUUAAGCAUAAAUUAGAUAUAUGAAAUCAUGUAUUUGGUCGUUGUAUUAUGCCAUGGAUUGACUCUAUAAGUUAACACGCAACAUAUGGGCACAUCAAAGAUGGCGGUAACUUGACUGCAGGUAUUACAAACAACAUUAAUUAAUUGUCUUUCACGGGUCUAACGAGACUUGCAGACGUGUUAGGUCGUGCACAAGAAUACCUUACUUACAUGACUGUGGUUAGGUUCAUGAGUGUAGACAGCAGAGCAUACUACCGCCCUUCACCAUGUGUAUAUCUGACAAAACUCCAGACUUACAGCCGCAAUCGUUUCAGCAGUGUUGUAUUUUUAUUGUGAUGGGAGCAAUUGGUUUACCCAACUACCAAGAUACUCAUCCGUACUGAAUCCAUGCUUUUGGUUUAAGAACGUCAUUGUAUCACAGCCGCAAUCGUUCCAGCAGUGUUGGAUUUUUAUUGGGAUGGGAGCAAUUGGUUAACCCAACUAUCAAGAUACUCAUCCGUACUGAAUUCAUGCCUUUGGUUUAAGAACAUCAUUGUAUCAUCAUCAGCUUAAAAUAAAUCUAUUAGA